GCCAGACCAUCAAUGGUCCAAUGUCGUGGGCACAAAAGCUGAAAAACACAGUUUUUUCUUGGAUGCCCAAUUUUGUGAAAAUAGUUAAAAAUGUCAAUUUUAACGAAAUGCCAGUUAGCAUGCCCGACCACUGACAAUCUGUGUGGCUAUUUUAUCUUUUUUUCUUUUUUGGUAUGUCAGGCAUGCAGCUGUCAGAGUCCCAUCAAGUCGGUGUUCGCCAUCAAACAUCAUGGAGAACUCCAGUGAAGAAAAGCAUGUCCGCGUCCAACUAGUGUCAGAGUUUCAAGUGAGUAAAUCUGACAAGUCGAAGGAUGACUCUUCAGUGCAUUUUAAGUCGAUUGAUGUGCAUCCUCGUCAGCCCUGGGUCCUCUGCAGAUCUCAACGUACAGAAAACACUCUUGAAGUGUGGAGCUAUAAGGAUGGAACGCGUGUUGCCUCCUGGGUGAUCCCUGACUGGGACCGGGGUUUUUCUUCCGAUGCAAAAUUCAUUGCGCAGAAAGGUUGGAUUGUGGCAAACUUUCGUAGCAAAUCCUGUGUUUAUGAACUCCAAGGUUCAAAUUUGCACUGCGUCCAAGUACUUGAGCAUGUUUCUAUCGUUGGGAUGCUGUUUGUGCAUGAGAUCGCUAUCCAUCCCAACGCACCCUACAUAUUGGUUCUUUUUGGCACACAUAUAGUUUUGUGGGAUUGGAGCAAAGACUGGGAGAAGAUUACAAUCGAGCCUUGCAGAAAUGGUCCGCUUUCGGCAGAUGUGGUGAUGUUCAAUCCGACAGACUUAAAUACCUUUACAAUUGCUUAUCGAUGCGGCCCAAUAGACAUCUGGGACAUCGGCACCCGGUCUUGCAUCCGAAGACUCCAAACCGUCCUAGGUGUUUCUGGUCAAGCGUUAGUUGGGGUUGACUUUUGCAGCAGACCUGAGAAGUCACUUAUGUUGUCAUGCCAUUGCCCGUUCCAGGCGCGUGAAAAUGAUACCAUAGUAGUCUGGGACUACAAGAAGGGAGUUGAGGUAACCAAACUGAGAGUGGGCCGUGACGGUCUCAGGACAGCCUUCUUCCAUCCGCACUUGCCUUACAUACUGGGCGCAUCCUGUGACGGUCACAUUAGGGUCUGGGACGAGUCAAACUAUCGGCUGGUGGCGUCGUACAGAGGUAUGAUGCAGUUGGAGUUACGAGGCAUGACUCCUUGCAAAGACUCCAAUCAUGUGCUUCUUUUUGAUCGUGAAGGACUGUUCUUGGUACUGAACAUCGCGAUGAGCGGAGUAAACAAUGGGGGCAAAGUGAGCGAAGGAGGAAACAAGGGAGGCAUAGAGACGAUGCAAACGACCCUGGUCUCUGCAAAACGACCCCGGACGCCCACGCCAAUCGCCGACACCGAUGAGCCAGCAUCAGUGUCGAACAAGAGGCUUGUGGAGAUGAAAGACAAAGCCGACUGUGACUCUCCAGAUUGGGAGAAGACAACCCAAAAGAUGGUGUCUGACUUGGAGCUGAAGUGGAUGAAAGCACUUAACGAAUUGAGAGAACAGCACGCCCAGAGGGUCGAGAAGCUGGAAUAUGACGUAAGAAUUUUGAACGCGGAGAAGAGGGUCCAGAAGCUUGAAGAUGAGUUAAGAUAUUUGAAGGCAGAGAAGAGGGUCCAGAAGCUUGAAGAUGAGGUCAGAGAUUUGAAGGCGGAGAAGCGGGUCCAGGAGCUUGAAGAUGAGGUGAGAACAGAGAUGGCAGCAAUGGCAGAGAGGAAUGGAGAGUCAGAGGGGAAGAUCCAGGAGCACUAGAUUGCUAGGGUAACCCAAGCUGAGGCUUGGGGAGAAGUUCCAGAGACCCAGCCCGUGUGUGUGAGUGGUACACACAUGUAUGGACUGUCGAUCAACAGGCCAUGAGUUUGAAUCCUGACGGAAUCACAUGGAUAAAUAAUGCUUCAGGCUGCUCCCUUCUGAAAACAGAAUGAAAAGAGAAAGGCAUCUGUGGUGUAGGAGGCUGAGCUACAAGUCCUCGAGCUAUUACUACCUGCACUGUAGCUGUUAAAAGUGAGGAAGGUGGCUCUGGCACCCUGCCGUCACAUAAUGUCCGCAAUGCACUGUACAGAUGCUUGAUCUCCUGCUGUGUCGUUGGGUGGCCCCUUGGCCGUUCAUUUCGACUGCUGAUUUCAGAGACCAGUCAUUUGGCCGGCCAUUCAUUUUGACUGUUGAUUUGAGGGACCAGUUGUUUGGCUGGCUGUUGAUUUUGAAGUUGAUCCUGGACCAUCUGUUUAGCCUUCAAUUUUGCUGUUGAUUUCGAGUGCAGUGCGCAGGGUUGCUGUGGCAUGCAUGGGCCUUCUACACAGGCCCUGGGGGGGGCCGGCGUUAAACUCUUGGACGCU